AUGAAGUUCACCGAGGGAAUGUGGCUGUUGCGUGAGGGCAUCCAGAUCGACUGGAUGAACCACGUCGAACGAGCCCACAUCACUGAAAACACCGUCGACCUGCUUCUGGCUAAAACACAGCGCCAUCGCGGCGACACCCUAAACUCAGGGACUCUAUCUGCCCAUAUCUCCUCCCCUGGGGAAGGGAUUAUCGGCGUGAAGCUGGUGCACUGGGAUGGUGGAUUGGAGCGCGGACCAGAGUAUGAACUGCACAAGACCUCCGCACCGGUGCAGAUCGAGAACGAAGACAAGAAACAGAUUGUCUACGGCAGCGGUCCUCUAAAGCUGGCCGUGUCCACGUCAGAGAACAACCUGGGCUUCCGCUUCUCCAGCCCCAAAGGCAAUCUCACCGGCCAUUCGUUCCGCUCGCUCGGAUAUGUCCGCGACCAGACCACCUCAAAGUCGCAGUAUGAGGAUGGGAUGUUCAUGGAGCGCCAGGGUUACAUGCUAGCUGGCCUCGAUGUGGGCGUUGGCGAGAAGCUCUACGGCCUGGGUGAGCGGUUCAGCCCCUUCCUCCGGAAUGGACAGUCCGUGGAUAUUUGGAACGAGGACGGAGGCACCUCAUCCAACCUGGCCUACAAGAAUAUUCCUUUCUACGUGAGUUCGGCUGGAUAUGGUGUGUUUAUCAACCACGCCGGACGGCUCACGGGCCAGCCCAGCCUCGUGCCCGCGUGGAGUUACAAUCUCUGGUUGACCACUAGCUUCACCACCAACUAUGAUGAACAGACGGUGACCGGGUUCCUGGAUGGGUUCCGCGACAGGGAUAUUCCGUUAGGAGUGUUCCAUUUCGAUUGUUUCUGGAUGAAAUCAUUCCAAUGGUCUGAUUUUGAGUUUGAUACCGACAUGUUCCCCGACGCGGCUGGAUAUCUGCAGCGAUUAAAGGAACGCGGCCUGAAGAUCUCUGUUUGGAUCAACCCAUACGUUGGUCAGGCGUCUCCUCUGUUCAAAGAAGGGAAGAAGAAUGGGUAUUUCAUCAAGCGUACCGACGGGUCAGUCUGGCAGUGGGACUUGUGGCAAGCUGGAAUGGCAGUCGUUGACUUUACCAACCCUGGAGCGGUCCAGUGGUUCGCAGGCCACUUGGAGCGAUUAAUGGACCUUGGUGUGGAUUCGUUCAAGACCGAUUUCGGCGAGCGAAUUCCCUUCAAGAACAUCUGCUACUAUGAUAACAGCGACCCCGUCCGCAUGCACAACUACUACGCCUUCCUCUAUAACAAAAUCGUGUACGAGGUCAUGACGAACCGGAUGGGCAAGUCCCAGGGCCUGCUGUUCGCGCGCAGUGCAGCCCCAGGCGGGCAGCAAUUCCCAGUCCACUGGGGUGGUGACUGUGAAAGUACCUUUGAGGCAAUGGCCGAGUCUCUUCGUGGAGGCCUUUCGCUGAUGUUGUCGGGAUAUAUCUUCUGGGCGUCGGAUAUCGGCGGGUUUGAGGGGACGCCUGCGCCGGCGUUGUACAAACGCUGGGUCCAGUUUGGCCUGUUGUCGUCACAUUCCCGACUACACGGGUCUUCGUCCUUCCGUGUGCCUUGGAUUUACGGAGAGGAUUGCAGCGAGGUGUUGCGCGACUGCACUAAGCGAAAGAUCAUGCUUACGCCUUACAUGUUGAGUGAAGCCCUGGACGGCCAUCGCAAUGGCACGCCGCUCAUGCGGGCGAUGUUCCUGGAAUUCCCGGAAGAUCUGAAUACCUAUGCCAUCGAUACGCAGUAUAUGUUUGGAAGCAACCUGCUAGUGGCGCCGGUCUUUAGCGAGGAGGGUCAUGUAACCUUCUACGUUCCCUACAGCGCCGACGAUACUCAGAGCAAGUGGAGAUCUUGGUUUGACCAUUCCAAGACGUAUGAGCCGGGCAGAUGGUACACGGAAACUCAUGGGUUUGACACCCUGCCCAUCUUCAUCCGGCCAGGGUCCAUCACGCCGGUCAACCGCAGCCUCAAAGCACCGGAAGACGAUGCCUUGAAUGGGUUGGAACUGUUGGUCAAUGGUAAGAUUGGUGGUCAGCGGGAUAUUGAAAUCGUUGAUCCGGCCAAGACCCAUGAGAUCUUGAAGGUGAUUCAAGUCACGCCUUCGGACUUGGCUGAAAAGGUCGUCGUGAAUGUGGAGGGAAUCAAGAUCACCCAGCUGGAGGGCAACUGA